CUGACGGUGAGCAAGUAAACUUUGCGCUGUCAAAUGAUCACAUCUGCCCGAGUGAGAGAGCCUGUUACUUCACUUAUGAGCCCCGUUUACUCUAGAUAUCGUACUUCAGCUGAGGAGGUGGUGUCGUCGGCUUGAGUUUGUCUGCAGACCCGGUUUAAAAACAAUCAAAAUGUCAGUGAACCCGAAAUUUGUGAAUCCUUUCAACAGACCGCACUGUUUAUCAGCUGCUGCGCCCGCGGGACAAGCCAAGCUCACACACCCGGGAAAAGCCAUUUUAGCUGGAGGGAUCGCCGGAGGUAUUGAAAUCUGCAUCACGUUCCCUACAGAGUAUGUGAAAACACAGCUACAGCUAGAUGAAAAGGCGAACCGCUCUCGAUAUAAAGGCAUUGUUGACUGUGUGAAGCAGACAGUGCACGGUCAUGGUGUGAAGGGUCUGUACAGGGGUCUGAGCUCUCUGGUCUAUGGAUCUAUUCCAAAAGCUGCCGUGAGGUUUGGCAUGUUUGAGUUCCUCAGUAAUAAGAUGAGGGAUGAGUCUGGUAAACUGGACAGCAGGCGGGGCUUAAUCUGCGGUCUGGGUGCAGGAGUGGCGGAGGCUGUUGUUGUGGUGUGUCCAAUGGAGACUAUAAAGGUGAAAUUCAUCCACGAUCAGACCUCAGCAAACCCAAAGUACAGAGGCUUUUUCCAUGGCGUGAGAGAAAUAGUCAGAACACAAGGACUCAAAGGAACAUAUCAGGGCUUGACAGCGACUGUGCUGAAGCAGGGCUCAAACCAGGCCAUACGAUUCUACGUAAUGACCGCUUUGAGAAACUGGUACAAAGGUGACAACCCCAAUAUGACUAUUAACCCCUUCAUAACCGGAAUGUUCGGAGCAAUUGCUGGAGCUGCGAGUGUGUUUGGAAAUACACCACUGGAUGUGAUCAAAACUAGGAUGCAGGGGUUGGAGGCUCACAAAUAUAAGAGCACUGUUGACUGUGCCAUCAAGAUCAUGAAGUACGAGGGACCGGCAGCAUUCUACAAAGGCACCAUUCCCAGGUUAGGCCGCGUGUGUUUGGACGUGGCAAUAGUGUUCGUUAUCUACGAGGAAGUGGUGAAAGUUCUUAACAAAGUGUGGAGGACUGACUAAUGGAGCUGGGAUACUGACCAAAUAUGGUGAUGGGCGGAGUCAGGCCAUUGUGACAUCAUACUGAUGUGGGAACAUUUACACAGGGGCCAAAGUACCAGCGUACAGCUGAUGACAAGUAACCAAGUCACUGGAAUGUACUUCAUUUCCAUAGUAUAAUCAAGAUUUCCCCAACUAAUGUGAGAAAGAUGCUAAAUACUUGAAAAUUAGACUAAAGAGAAAUCGUAUUUUAACCCUAGAUCCGAUUAUAAUAAUAGAUAUUUUUAAAACAGUAAAAAGUUUUAUGGAAAAUGUUGUUUUGAAACAUUUAAAGGUUGACUUUUGUUCGUGUUCUAGUUUGAACGAUUUGACGUUUUCUUAAGUGCAAUUUACCGGCAUUCGUUAUAUAUAUAUAUUCUAAUUUAGUUUUUGUUUAACGAAGGGCCUAAUUUGAACAGCAAUCCUGUGCAUCUUAGAAAAGAUCUUUUGAAUCAAAAGGUUCAAUUGAAUUGAAUCUUAAACAAAUAAAUAAUCAGCAUAGCUUUUCAUUUUAAGAUACACAUGUGUUUUAUACCCUAUAGUGGAACAUAUUUGACAUGCACUUUUGCAUUAUAGAUUUGGUCAUUCAGGUUUCGUGACUAUUUUAAGUGCCUAUAUUAAUAUACAUCCUAAUUGUUUUCUUCCUGUUUACAUGAUCAUUGCCAUAAAUGACAAAAAAAAUAUUUUAGCCUAUUUUUAAUAUUUACGCAUUUAAAUUUCAUAACAAAAUUCCGUCAAAUUAAAUUGCGCAAUCUUUAACCAAAUUCAACUAAUAAAGCGUAUUAAUUUAAUUUAGAUAUAUAUUACGCAAUUUGACGGAAUUCUAUUGAUUCAUAUUUCUAUAUGAAUUUUAUAUUCAGAUUUGUCCUGAUAUAAGAUCUGAAAUGAAUUGCACAAAUCACGCUGUGCAGAAACACUCCAACCUUUUAAAAACUGAACAGUAUUUAGCGUCACCAAAGACUCGGAUUACACUAGAAAUAAUGUUGACUUGUUUAGCAUGAUGAUGUAUUGUUUAACAGAUCUGGACAGAGACUCGUAAACGCUGAUCAUAUAUCAGCACAUGCCUUAAAUAUGUAUCAGUUUGGGUAUUUUUACGUUCCAUUGGUUGUGCUUUCCUACCUCAAAAUUAGCAAAAAUCUGUCUAGACCGGAAAUAGAUCUGAUACUGCUAAGAUCGCACAAAAGCUUUGAGGUCAAGUGGACAUCAUUUCUAGAGUAACACCGCAGACAUGUAACAAAUGGCAUUUGAAAUGUCCAUUAAGUGAAUUUAAAAUAUUGUGUUUCACAUUAGACUAGAGAGAUAGAGUGACUAGGUUAAAAGUACAAUAUUCAGAGUACGAUGUUUAUAACAUGUUCUGCCUCCUCAUCACGGGUGAUUUGGGAGAACUCAGUUUACACACUUGAUUGAUUCUCGAUAAGAACAUUUGUGCCUGUAGUUCUUCACUGAUGUAAUUGAGGGUUUUUAUCCUCGUCAUGUUGCUGCCAAAUCUGACAUAUUGUUUCUCUGCUUUUGUAAACGGAAUGUUUCGCUGAUCAAACGGAAAUUUACCGGAUUUUAUUUUGUGUUUGUGUAAAAGAAUUCCAAAUGAGGGGACUAAAAUAUGCAUUAAUUGCCGUGCUAAUGAAAAAUUGUAAUCUGUGAACAAUUGUAAUGUUCAAGGAAACAAUGUGCCUUCAGUUGUUGUUCUCGUUUAGAAUAAAUUAUGCUGAUU